CGCAAUGAAUCUUGCGUUCCAAGCUGGCGCAUCCGUACAUGUAAUAGCGCGUGCUUCCGCUUUUCCCUUUCAGUAGAAAAGUACUAGGAAAACGGGAAAUAAACUAUUUUAUUCGGAGAGAAACAUCGAGUGGGGAGGAUCUAGUUUUGCUCGUUUUGGAAUAAUUCGAUUGGGAGAGUAUAAUCUGGGAGAGAGAGUGGUGUCUACAACUGUGAAGAUAAUUACAUCUGUUUUGUAUGAGCGCUAGCCAAUAGAUCUAUUUUUCGCCACGGUUUGUUCUUUCCAAAGGAAUAAUGACGAACACUUGGAUACUAUUGACUCUCGCGGUGGCGACCUGUUUUAUGAGUGAAACGAUAUUGAUCUCGGCCCAGUCGGAUUACCUGUACCUGGAUGACCAAUCAGGAGACUCCGUAGACGAAGAUGGUUACAACUCUGGCUCCGGGUCCGGUGAUAUGAUUAUCGGUGAGGUCACUGAGCCAGUCAAAGUGAAAAGGGUGUUCGCCGCUCCUGAAGCAGAGCCAACCCAGGACUCUCUACCAGCCCUUUCAACCACAAUGGGGAUGUUGACAUUCACUGACCUGGGCACAGAAAUAGCUGAGACAGAAAUGGAGACCGAAACAGAGACCCAGGUCCCUGAGCAGUCUCUGGACGUGACAGAGGAGACUGUUAUCAGUAGUGAAGCUCCUCCCAGCACCACUGGUGCUUCCGGGUUGCUGUACGAGGCAGACGUACCCUACGAUGUACACUCUGAAAACCUAUUCCAGAGGACGGAGGUGCUAGCGGCGGUGAUAGCUGGCGGGGUUAUAGGUUUGCUGUUCGCCAUCUUCCUCAUCCUCCUCCUGGUCUACAGGAUGAGGAAGAAGGACGAGGGGAGCUACGUCCUCGGGGAACGCAAGGCCCCUAGCUCAGCCUAUCAGAAAGCCCCCACCAAGGAGUUCUAUGCCUGAAACACAACCACCGCCACUAUGAGGAGAAACCUCUGGAGCAACAUAAAGACUAAUUCUGUGUCCCAAAUGGCACCCUAUGCCCUCUAUAGUGUACUUACUACCUUUAACCAGUAUCUGUGCACCAUAUAGGGUGUCAUUUGGGAUGCAUACAAAACAUCUCAUACAGCAGGGUCCUCCUCGCAUGCUGUUGGUUGAAAUGGUAUUGAAUGAGGAAGUGUUUCAAGGAGCUUUUUCAUAUAGCAAAUAUAUACUUUUCCUUAAUGAGGCCAAACAGGGCUAUUGUAAAUGUUUCAUAUUUUGGAUCAUUAGAACGCUUGGAGAAUUUCCUUGUCAUGUGAGAACGUGAAACAUAUUCAGAGAUGGUCAUGGACUACUUUCUAACUGUAGAGAUACAUAUUUGUAAGGAAGAAAAAACAACUUUUUUUUAAAAAGGUCACUGAAAUAAAAAUGACAGAAUAUAAUUGUCCUAUAGCUAUUCUAUUUUUGAUUUUUUUGCAUAGCAUGUCCAAAGUUGUUUUUUUUCAUUAACUUAUGUUUUUCAUGUUGAGGUGAUAUGUUUCUAGUCUCAAAGCAAUCUGGUCUCCAAUUUAACUUGGAUGAAAACAUGUUUUUUGUUAUUAUGGUAUUUUUCUUGUCAUUGUGUGAAAUGAAUUACAGGAUUCCAUAACUACCCAGUGUCAUCUCACCAAAGCAAAGGACAUUCCCUUCUAGUAAAACAUUACUGUUAUAAAGCAGUGUUUACCAACUCCAGUCUCCAACAGUACACAUUUUUGUUAAGUCCCUGACAAACUUGCCUGAUUCAAUUUGAGGGCCUGAUUUAGUUGACAAGUUGAAUCUGGGGCUACAACAACGUGUACUGUUGGAGGUACUUGAGGCCUGGAGUUAAGAAACACUGAUUUAAAUGGUAGUCUUAAUGGCAGGUGUGUAAAACUCAUUCCACGGCGGGCCUAGUGUCUGGGUUUUUGUUUUUUUCUUCUAGACAACCUGGUGAGGUGUUUACUAAUUAGGGACCUUAAUCAAUCAAGUACAAGGAAGGAGUGAACCCGCAGACACUCAGCCCUCCGUGGAAUGAGUUUGACACGUGCUUUGAGGAGUGCAUUAUAUCACAGGAGGUUGGAUGCACCUUAAUUAAGGAGACCGGCUCAUGGUAAUGUAUCAAACACAUGGUUUCCAGGUGGUUGAUGCCAUUCCAUUUACUCCGUUCUGGCCCUUCUUAUGAGCCGUUCUCCCUCAGCAGCCUCCACUGCUAUAUGUACUCUGUUUAUGUUGCCCAAAAUAUAGAGGAACCUUUUCAGUAGGUUUCACUAUUAGGUCCAUUAAUUUUCUCCUCUGAUCACAAUGGUAUUUUAAGACUUGGGUGUUUUUAUAAACAAACCUGCAAAACUUUUCUGACCAAUUUAUGAUAUAAAAGCUGAUUUUUCAUUUAUCUGCAGCUUUUAAAUGAUGACUUGCUAGUUAUGGGGAACUAAUGCUAAUGAACAGUCCUAUGUGCUCAACUCUUUUCAGUUGACUUUGUAAUGACUUUAGUACAGUGAUUUACUCUAAGCCACAGAUGGGACACCGGGCGUCUCUGUAAUAUCCGUUUCAACUUUGACUGAAAAUCUGUCAUUCGAAAGUCCAGGGCGCUUUCCCAAAUGGCACCCUAGAGCCAUAUGAACACUGGUCAAAAGCAGUGCACUAAAUAGGGACUAGGGUGCUAUGUGUGAUGUAGUCCCAGUGAACAGGACAUGGUGUACCUUUAUUGCUUAUCUGUUCCCCCUCUAGCAUCUGUAAAGAAUUAUGAAUGUCUACUAUAGAACAGAUGGUUCCUCUUCCCUAAAAAAAAUAACUUCUAUGAUCACUGGGCUGAUGUUUUUCUCAUGGUACGUAAUUAUUGAAUAAAGGUACUUGCAGUAAGACUUUC